AUGCUCUCAAGUUCACAGCUCGCAACAUAUGGCGACCGACUUCCCCAAGCCAAAGCGCACGGCCGGCGCCCUAGCGAGAUCGGCUCGCGAUGACGAUGUUCGCACCGUACCUUUCUCGCUUUCCGAUGACCGCUCUCGCCUUCACGCCACUCCGCACAGAUUGAGGCCAUGCCCUCUGGACCCGCGCGGCCACUAGAUGCAACCGUGCCCGACCAUACGCAUCGCAUGUC